AUGUUCGAUAAAAUCCUCAAAAAGCGUCCGCAGGACCUCUAUGCAGACUCCCACGUCCCUGCAAAUGAACAGGAGAAUGGUCCCGGUGAUGUCGUCGACACGCCUAUUCCGCUCCUCACGUGGCGGUCGUUCAUUAUGGGCAUUCUCGUCUCUAUGGGCGGUUUCCUUUUCGGUUACGACACUGGUCAGAUCUCUGGCUUCCUGGAGAUGAAGGACUUCCUUGAGCGCUAUGGUGAAAUUCAAUCGGAUGGGACUUAUCAUUUCACUAAUGUCCGCUCGGGUCUCAUUGUUGCCUUGCUGUCGGUUGGUACCCUGAUUGGAGCUUUAGUCGCAGCACCGAUCGCCGACCGCUUCGGGCGAAAGUGGUGUAUUAGUUGGUGGUCUCUGAUGGUGUGUGUCGGAGUCACGAUCCAGAUAUCCUCGCCUUCUGGCAAAUGGUACCAGGUUGCCAUGGGCCGUUGGGUCGCCGGACUCGGAGUUGGGGCAGUUUCUCUACUCGUACCUAUGUAUCAAGCCGAGUCAGGACCGAGGCACAUUCGAGGAUCAUUGAUUAGUACAUACCAGCUAUUCAUUACACUUGGAAUCUUCGUUGCCAACUGUGUCAAUUUCGGAACUGAAGCUCAACCCGGCCCCAGUUCAUGGCGUAUCCCUAUGGGUAUCACAUAUAUUUGGGCUGCAAUUCUUGGUGUUGGUAUGGUGUUCUUCCCUGAAAGUCCACGUUACGACUACCGCCAUGGCAAGGUGGAGAAAGCUAUGAACACCCUUUCCAAAGUCUAUGGUAUCCCUUGCAACCACCGCGCUCUACAUAUCGAGUUUGAUGAGAUCAGACAAAAACACGAGGAAGAAAAGCUCAACGGGAAGGUUACCUGGAUUCAGACGUUCAGUGCUCCGACGAUGGCGUACCGGAUCGCUGUUGGUGUCGCUCUGCAAGCUCUCCAGCAACUGACGGGUGCUAAUUACUUCUUCUAUUAUGGAACAACAAUCUUCAAGGGCGCUGGAAUCCAGAACAGUUAUGUCACGCAGCUGAUUCUAGGCGCCGUCAACUUUGGAUCAACGUUCCUCGGCCUCUACCUAAUUGAAAACUGGGGCCGACGCCGUUCUCUUAUAACCGGUGCGCUAUGGAUGUUCGUCUGCUUCAUGGUCUUCGCCUCGGUGGGCCAUUUCUCUCUGGACCAAGAGUUCCCAGAGAGAACAAAAACCGCCGGCGUAGUUAUGGUAGUCUUUGCCUGUCUUUUCAUUCUUGGCUUUGCCAGUACCUGGGGUCCCAUGGUAUGGACGAUCGUCGCCGAGCUGUUUCCUUCGCAAUACCGCGCGCAAGGCAUGUCUCUGGCGACUGCAUCCAACUGGCUCUGGAACUUCCUCCUUGCCUUCUUCACACCCUUUAUUACCGGCGCUAUUGACUUCCGCUUCGGGUAUGUCUUCGCUGGAUGUCUCUUUUUCGCAGCGGCUCUGGUUUACUUUGCCGUUAUGGAGGGACAAGGCCGUACUCUGGAGGAGAUCGAUACUAUGUACCGGAUGAAAGUGAAGCCGUGGAAGAGCUCGAAGUUCCGGUUCCCUGCUAAUCCAGACCUUAUCCGGGCCUCAUUGGACAAAAAUGAGAAUGCUCCUAUAUCAUCUCAUAUUGAUCUUCCUACUGAGAUUCGAGAAGAUGGGUCGGCGCCGGAGAGGCAAGCGCAAGCAUGA